AUGUCUAUGUGUAUCAACUGUGGGAAUGCAUUUGAGGUAAAGGCAAAAGGAUAUAAGAGACAUUCUCUUGUGAAACAAGUUGGUAAAGUAGAGUGUGUCAAGGAUGCACUGGAUGAAGUGUAUGAAACAAACCUGACACCCCUAGGCCACAAAUCUGAUGCACCCAGGUGCCUAUGUCAAGAUUGCUAUGCACUUCUGGAAAAAUCUAGAAGAAAAAUUAGAGAAGGGAAAGAAGCCAAGCAGGGUUUUUUUGCAAGAUGUGCUGAGGGUACAUAUCUUCAUCUUAAAAGAAAAAGAUGUACUCCAACCAGAACACCACGCACUCUUAAAAAACAUAGAAAUGUGGAGGAUGCUGAUGAAAACCAUUAUGAAACAGCAAAGAAAUUAACAUUUGUGAAAAGAGUCAUUCUUGCUGUUAAGAGACAUGAUUAUGAGUCUGCUAUUAGCAUUCUGUAUCACAGAAGUGUUCGUGCACGGAAACAAAUUGCUACUGUUAUAAGCAACAAGGUAAGGAAGGAAGUUGGUAAUUACAUUAAAAAAAGCAGACCAAUGACACUUUCUAAAGAGACAUGCGAGUCUUUUCAAUGGGAAAAAAUAAUUGAAGAGGUCAAUUGUGGUCUACCUCUGCUGACCAGUAUCAUCAGAGCAGCUUUAACUACCCAACGUAGUCAUAAUCUGAUAGACAUUCGUUCUGAUGGUAGCUGUGGCAAACUAACUCCAGCAUAUGGAAUGAUUAUGUGCAAUUUGCUACAUUUAAGAAAAAGAAGAAAAUUUAAUAUAAUACAAGCAUUUAACUCCAUUCAAAUGUAUAAAAGUGGCUGUAGUCAGAAGCUUUUCAAGUGCUUCCAGCAUGUUGGUAUUUGUUUGGGCGUAAAUGGAACACGUGGCACAAUAGACAGAAUGAGAAAAAACUUUGACAAAGAAAUGUAUGACAUGAAAAGCAAGAUAGAGGAAGAACUAAGAGAUGAUGCUCCUAAUAUCAGUAGUGAUGAUGGUGACAUAGAUGUUGCAUUUGGCGAUGUUGAUAAUAUGGACAGUAGGCCUAAUGUUCAUACAACGGAUGGUGUAACUACCAUUCCUCUUCAAGAGUUAAUGACUAGUCCUACUACUAGCAGUGAAAGUGAUUGUAGUGCCAGUGAAAGUGAUUGUAGUGCCAGUGAAAGUGAAAUUUCCAUUACUUCUGCAAGCAGUGAUGAUAAAUCUACAGAGGAGGAUGGUGUUAGUUACAGACGUUCUCUCUUUGGACCAGACACAGGUGAUGGUGGAAUUCAACCAUUGAAUGAAUGUCCUGGAUACAGUCUGUGCUGGGACAAUGUCCAGAAACUAAGUUUAUCUCGGUAUCAUACAUCGUCUAAACAGAACAAAUUUUUAAUGUGGGCGAUGUGUUUUGCUACACAGAACAGAGUACCUGCUAUGCAUUUAAAUGAUGAAAAACGAGAGCUGGCUACAACAAUUCCAUUGAAUUCUUUCCUUCCCUCUCAAGAGGAUUGGGAUGCCCUUGAAAAACGUAUGGCAGUUGUUGUUUCAAGGAUAAUCUGCAAACAUCUCACACAUUUUAAGAGCUCUUAUUCUGAUUGUGUAGUGGAACAUAUUAUUCAUGAACAGUCUGAGUUAUCUAAGAAGAAAAGUAAAGUGAUAAAUUUAGGAGUAGUGCAAGAAAACCCAGGGAGUAGCAAAGGGGUGCUUGCAAUAAUGAAACACCUGAAAAAGUAUGUGCCAAUGCAGCCAGAUGGAACCCCAUAUACUAUACUGUGUAAUGGUGAUCAACAGUCAGUUGAAAGAAUGAUUGAUGCCCGCAUAUCUAUGGCUGCUAGUGAAGACCCAGCUAAUAGGCUAGCUGGACUUGAACCGGCUCCACAGGAGUUUCAUAGACGUGGCAUUGUAUUACAAGACAUCAUGGAUAAGAUGUAUAAUGCUAAAAGUGCUGGCAGUAAAGGCACUUUAUACAAUAUAAAGACUGUUUUUAAACACAAAAAUGUGAAAACCAAAGUAAUGGAUAACAUGAAUGAAGUGACAGAUUUAUUAACAUUCACUACUGAGGGAUUGGUGUCACUGCUUUGCAUCAAACUGUUGGGAUUAGAUGAUAUUGAUGACAAACCUGCAAAUUCUCCUUGUGAAGAAAGGAAAGAGUUGAGACAACAAUACCUACAGACUGUAUCAAAGAAUGUAGUUACACAUUUGUGGCCCGUUAUAGAUACUUGUUCUAUUUCACAAGCUGCUGAUAGUGAUGAUGAAGAAGAUGCAAGAGUAUUCUGCAUAUGUGACCCAGAUGAAGGUGUGGAUUGUGAAACCUGGAUUGAAUGUUCCGCUGGCAAAAGUUGUGCAUUAGGAAGGUGGUACCACAUUGAAUGUGUAAAUUUAGAAGAAGAUAACCUUCCAGGAGAAGAUGAAGAGUGGUGGUGUUCACCAGACUGUGAAAAAAGUGUUUCAUUUUGUU